CAGCAAUGAACGAGCAGUCGGCGGUACCCAGAAGGGGAGAGGAGGUCGUGCUCAGCUUUGGCGACUCUCUCCUGCGUCAGUCAGACGUGGAACUGCUGCGCUGCUGCGGCUGGCUAAACGACCGACUCAUCGGCUUCUACUUCGAGUAUCUGGAGAGGAUAGGUUUCAAAGACUACGCCGCGAAAGUCUGCUUCGUCACUCCCGACGUGACGCAGUUUGUCAAGCUCCAUGAAGGUGACGAUGCGGAGCUGCGGAUUUUUCUGGAGCCGCUGGCGCUACACACCAAGGACCUGGUCCUGCUCGCCGUCAACGACAACCAAUCCAACACACACGCCGGCGGAGCGCACUGGACCCUACUGACCUAUUGGAGGCCGGGGAACCUAUUUGAAUGUUAUGACUCUGCUGGCUCAGUCGUCCCCGCACCUGCCAGACUAUGCUCAGUGAAGCUGACCCGCUUCCUAGGAGCUGCAACCUCGCCCACCUUUGAAGUGGUCGACUGUCCCAAGCAAGAGAACUCAUAUGAUUGUGGCGUGUAUGUCCUGAUGUUUGCUGAGAGAGUAUGUGGAGUGAAGCUUCAGGGAAAGACAGCCUCUCUCCUCUCCUCUAUCACUGCCGACUGUGUCACUAGACUCAGAAUCGACACUCUAGCCCUCAUUCAAUCUCUCUGUGUCACUUAGUAGUUGGCCGCGUGCGUGUGCGCGCGCGUUUUGCGCGCAUGCGCAUUUAUAUAAGAUGUUUGCGCUACUUUUUCAUCCGUGAGAGUCCGACGUCCCAAGAGCAUUUUGUCGUGAUAGCCUUAUGCGGCAUCGUAGCUGGUCUCUUGCAGAGGAUAACCUGGGAAAGAUUUUAAUCAUUCCGAAUCGCGUAAGCUAGCUGAAAAGUUCAAGUGUGCCGGCUCCACAAUUACUUCCAGCUUCCCGACAGCUUCAGCUAAUUAUAACUGCUCCUUAUUCCACCGGAUUAUAUAGCAAUGCUACUGUCUACGGUGCUGCUAAGUUGUUGGUCUAUUGUUGUACUUACUCUGGUGAGUGGUUCAGACUACAGUCGGACCAUCUACGUGGACCCAAGCAAUGGAAAUAACACUAAGAACUGUGUGGAGGAGCCCAGCUACGACCAACCCUGCAAGAGCCUCAGUUACGCCUUCCAGCGACAGUACCGCAGUAAUUCCACCUGCUACUCCCUCCAACCUGGCACCCACUACCUGGACAGCUCUGUCUCACAGUAUCCGUUCUCUGGUCUGACUGACAUAGCCAUCACCGGCAACGCUAGCAAUUCCAGCUCCGUAAAGAUCCUCUGUGUCACGGAAAACGCUGGCGUCAGUUUUUUUCGUGUGCUAAACAUAGCAUUCAGCAGUGUGACAUUGACAAACUGUUCCUCCAGGCAGAAAGGAACUAGCAAAAACAUUUC